AUGGAGGACGAGGUGACGUUCCUGUUUCAAAUGGGCGUGCUCCGUGACGCGGUUUCGGCUCCCGUACACAGACUGACCCUCGCUCAUUUGAAGGAACUGGCUGUCAAAUUCGUUCACGAGAAGAUCCCGGACAACGGUCUCAACCGCCUCUCGGACCGGAUCCUGCUGUUCCGUCACGACUACUGCUCGCCCAACGUACUUCAAAUCAUCAACUCGGCCACUGACGUCACUGACGAGACCCUUGUCGAAAUCGUCUUAACUGCGAACCCUCUUCUCUGCGAUGGUGCCGACACACCACCAGCUCCCCGACCACACACCUUGGCAGUACAUUCAUAUAAAGCACCGACCUUCUGUGAUUUCUGUGGGGAAAUGCUGUUCGGUCUGGUGCGACAGGGGCUUAAGUGUGAAGGUUGCGGUCUGAACUACCACAAGCGCUGUGCCGUCAAAGUUCCAUCGAACUGCGUGUCUCCAGCGGCCAGCGCUUCUGGUUCCAGUCGACGACAGUCCGCAGCGCCCUCAGCUCAGAGUCCCAAGAGGCCGGCCAGCUCGUGGGGCUCGCUCGGUAUACCCCACACCUUCCAAGUGCACACGUACACUCGCCCCACCGUGUGUCGCCUGUGCAAGAAGCUGUUGCGCGGCCUGUUCAAACAGGGUCUACAGUGUGGCGACUGCCAUUACAACGCUCAUCGGAAAUGUCUACCAUACGUGCCCAAAGACUGCGGCGGGGAAAUCAGGGACCAUCACGGAGAGAACCAAGACAACUGCAGCACCAGCAGCGAGAUCUCGGACAUUCGCGCGUCUCAUGACGAUGACUCUGACGAUGGUGAUCACGACAACAAUGACCACGGCCACAACAACCAUGAGGAGGAAGACGAGGAACCCCAACGAGACACUGUCCCCGAGCGUGCUGCCAACAAACCUAGCAGUUCGUCGUCAUCCCCGAGCGCUAAUAUCCCUCUGAUGCGUAUCGUGCAAUCAGUGAAACAUACCAAGAAGAAAGAUGGACAGUGGCUUAAAGAGGGCUGGCUUGUGCAUUUUACUAAUAAGGACAAAACGAUCAAACGUCACUAUUGGCGAUUAGACAGCAAGUCGAUCACGCUCUUCACCUCCGAACAAGGAACCAAGUACUACAAAGAGAUCCCUCUCAACGAGAUAUUAGCUGUCGAUACUGCUAGAACGCCUCAGUCAGAUGUGAUGCAUUGCUUCGAGCUGCGUACAGCCAACGUCGACUACCUGGUGGGGGUGGAUCCCGCAUGGCAGGGAGGGGCAGCUCCACUACCUCCACCCGACAGUGGGAUUGGAGCCUACCUCGCGCGCUCCUGGGAGACCGCCUUGAGACACGCUCUCAUGCCUCACACGCACUCCGAGGCGCCGGGUGGCUCGUCACCUGCGGGUGAGCGAGUUGCAGAAAUGGCUCAGCUGUAUCAAAUCCACCCUGAUGAGGUGCUGGGCUCGGGACAGUUCGGUAUCGUGUACGGCGGCCUGCAUCGCGCCACCUCCAGACCCGUCGCUAUCAAGGUUAUAGAUAAACUGCGUUUCCCGACAAAACAAGAAGCCCAACUCAAAAAUGAGGUAGCCAUCUUGCAGAAUCUAUCCCACCCCGGAGUCGUCAAUCUCGAGAGAAUGUUCGAGACUCCGGAGCGUAUCUUCGUGGUAAUGGAGAAGCUUAAGGGAGAUAUGCUUGAAAUGAUCCUCUCGCAUGAAAAGGGACGUCUCACUGAACGGAUUACGAAGUUCCUGGUAGCACAAAUCCUAGUAGCACUAAAGCACUUACAUGAGAAGAAUAUCGUUCACUGCGAUUUGAAGCCAGAGAACGUUCUCUUGUCGUCUGACGAGACGUUUCCGCAAGUGAAGCUGUGUGACUUCGGCUUCGCGCGAAUUAUUGGAGAGAAAUCCUUUCGUCGGUCGGUUGUCGGUACACCGGCUUACCUCGCUCCAGAAGUCCUUCGCAAUAAGGGCUACAACCGGUCACUGGACAUGUGGUCGGUGGGCGUCAUCAUAUACGUGUCGCUGUCCGGAACCUUCCCCUUCAAUGAGGACGAAGACAUCAACGAGCAGAUCCAGAACGCGGCCUUCAUGUACCCGCCGGCGCCCUGGAGGGAGAUCUCCGCGGAGGCCAUCGACCUGAUCAACAACCUGCUGCAAGUGAAGCAGCGCAAGCGCCUGUCGGUGGACAAGUGCGCGGCGCACGCGUGGCUGCAGACGGAGGAGGCGUGGCGCGACCUGCGCGCGCUGGAGGCCCGCGUGGGCGCGCGCUACCUCACGCACGCCAGCGACGACGCCCGCGUGGGCGCGCGCUACCUCACGCACGCCAGCGACGACGCGCGCCACGGGCACUGA